GGCGCGGAGCAGUGGAGGGCGCGAUGCUGCCACCAGCGGUCCGCCUGGUGCCGCUGGGCCGGGCGCCGUACGCCGAGCUGCUGGCGCUGCAGGAGCGCUGGCUGCGGCGGCUGCAGGCCGGGCCGGGCGCCGGGGCCCCGUCGGGCACGGAGGCGGGCGCGCUGCUAGUGUGUGAGCCCGCGGGGCCCGUGUACACGGCCGGGCUGCGGGGCGGUCUGACGGCCGAGGAGGUGGCGCGGCUUCGGGCUCUGGGCGCCGAGGUGCGUGCCACGGGCCGCGGCGGCCUGGCCACCUUCCACGGCCCCGGUCAGCUCCUCUGCCACCCGGUGCUUGACCUCCGGCGCCUCGGCCUGCGCCUGCGCACCCACGUGGCGGCGCUGGAGGCAUGCGCCGUGCGCCUGUGCGAGCUGCAGGGCCUGCCCGGCGCCCGCGCGCGGCCCCCGCCCUACACCGGCGUCUGGCUCGGGGAGCGCAAGAUCUGCGCGAUCGGAGUCCGCUGUGGAAGGCACAUCACAUCCCAUGGCCUGGCUCUGAACUGUUCCACCGACCUCACAUGGUUUGAGCAUAUUGUGCCCUGUGGCCUGGUGGGCACUGGCGUCACCUCCCUGAGUCAGGAGCUCCAAAGGCAAUUCACUGUGGAUGACGUCAUGCCACGAUUCCUUGAGGCCUUUCGAGAGACCUACAAGUGCAGGCUCAUCUCAGAAGACUCCCCCAGCUAAAGAACGGGUCAUCUUCCCAUCUCCUCUUUCACUCACCCUGGAAUAUGGGGGCAGUUUUGAUCUCUGAACCUUUGUCUCCAUCAGUAUUCUGCUUUCUCUCUACCUUCCCCAGCCUGAUUUGAUGUUUCAGAUCUACAUCAAAGCUCUAUAAAGACAAGGCAUUCGUUGAUUCACUUAUAAGGACAAGGAUGCUAGUGAUUCAUCAUCACAGCUUCGAGAAACUGGGAUGUCAUUUCUCAACUAUUUAUUAUUUCUUCAAUGUGGAUGUCAAUUCUCAAAUAUUACUUCUCCAGUUUGGUAUUUAAUUGGAUAAGUCUGGGCAUAUGUUCCUUGAUUUUGUAGGAACAUGGCAGCCCAAUUAUAGCUGAUCUAAUGAAGUGAUUUUUCUUUCAAGAGCUCUGCCCUUUUUUUUUGUGGGGGGGGGCAUACCUGGUGAUGCUCAGAGUUACUCCUAGCUCUGCAUUCAGGAAUCACUCCUCAUGGUGCUCAGGGGACCAUAUGGGAUGCCAGGGGUUGAACCCAACUCAACUGCAUGCAAGGCAAAUGCCCUACCCACUGUAGUAUCUCUCUGACUCCUCAUUCUCAAGAUAUCUGGAUGCUCUCUGCUAUAAAAGGAAAGAUCUUUAUAAAGGGGAAAAAAGGAGAGGCAAAAAUCAGAUCCUGUCUUCCUGGUUGAAAUUCCCAAGCCAGGUAGCUGUUUUUCAUGAGGUAAACUGAGCUAGUCCCAAGACUGGGGGAAAAAGAUAAAAUUUCUCACAUUGCACAAGUGCCAAAGAUAAGAAAUAGUUUUAUUAAAGAUGUGAAAUCUCUACGUUUGUAAUGGUGUGUAUUUGUUCUCUGUUGCUGGAUAACAAAUCAUCCUAAAAUAAUGACUUCAACAAUAAAAAGGUAUCUUGUCUAGUUUCUGUGGUUGGAAAAUGGGGAGAAUUUGAGCUCCAUGUUUCUGGCUCCCAGUCCUCUGAGAUGCAAGGAGAAUGUAGCUGAAGCAGCUGUCAUGGAAGAUAUGGUGACUGAGACCGAAGGAUCAUCGUCCUAGAGGAUUCAGUGCCUGUGUUGUCAUUGACAGGAGGCCUUGGUCGCUCCCCAUGUGAACUGCUCUGUAGAAUUGUUUGAAAUGGUGUAAGUUUUUUGGUUUGGGGCCCCAACUUGAUGGGGUGCAGGGACUACUUCCGGCUUGCUGCUCUGGGCUCUCUCCCCUGAUAGUAGCAUGAUAGCAGCAGGGUUUAAACCCAGGAUUCUAGAAUGCAAAGCCUUAGCUCUAGCCCUUUGAUUGCCUUCCCAGCCCUGCUGAAUUGUUCUUGUGAUCUGCAACUGGAUAUCUGAGAGGGAGAAUCCCCAGUGUCUCUUAUGACCCAAACUUGCACAUUGCACAAAUGCUCCCAGUAGCUGAGCCCUCCAGAGCUGAGAGGAGGGGGGAGUGAAGGAGGAGCAACUGUGCUAGGGUGGAUCAUUCAUUCACACCCACUGGCAACUCAAGGCAGAAAGAGCCUCAAAUAAGAAAUUGGGUAACCUGGUUCCAGCUCUGGCUUUGUGUUCAAAUCAUUUGUCCUCUAUGGGGCUUUGGUUUGCUCUGGUACAGUAUUGUCCAGUGGAAAUAUAAGCCAUAUUAUAGUUUUUUUCCUAGCAGCCAUAUUUAAGUAGGACAUUUCAGUAGCAUUUGACCUAAUAAACCCCAAAUUUGUCACUAUAAAAGUGUUUUACAGAGGUCAGAGAGGACAUGGGUGAAGGUGCUUGCUUUGGAUGUAACCUAUCCAGUUCAGUCCUGGAGCACUGCCAUUUUUUGCUCCUGAGCACAAAGCCAGGAGGAUUUUCUGAGUACUGCACUGUAGGAUUACAUAGCUUCAGGUAGUUUAGGUUUAUUGGGUUACUCCCGUCACAGUGCUCCCAUUCCUCUGUGUUUAUUUGUAGCUUCUUUCUUAGUGUUCUGUUGACUUGUAAAUAAUGUCUUUCUCUUCUCCUUGAGUCCUUUGCAUAGCUUAUUCAGAGAAAGUCCUUUUUCUAUGGACAAAGAAAGACAUUUAUUAAUAUGCCUUUGCAAUUGGGAUUUAAUUGGCUUUAUUAUUAAUAAUUAAUAAUUUAAUUAUUAAUUCCCGGGCAUCUGCUUUCUUGACUGUAGCCUUGGUUGCCCUCAGUUCCUAGCCCUCUAAAAGACAGGGUCCCAACGGGGGAUGAGACAGACCCAGGGCAAGCGGUAAGUUAUGUGCUACCCUGGCAUCGAGAUGGGCCUGGCCUCAUUCUCCCUCCCCCACCCGCCCCGCCCAAAUGGCAGUUCUUGAACUCAGCCCGAGGAAACAGCCCUGGCCGGGGUGGGCAUCACCGUAUAUCUGGCCCCCAGCCUCACAUGUGCUCUACCAGCCAUCAGAAAGGAGCUCUUUGCUUACUCAUCUAUCACAUUGUGAACUCUUUCAAAACAAUGUUUUCUCUAUCCUAAUGCAGUACUAGAUUCUAGAGUUCUAGAGUCAUUUUGGGAACAGAAACUACGCUAGAAGGUCCUUCGAGUUAGCUAGUCAAAUACAGUUUCUCAGAAUUCCCGGUUCAAUUAUGACAUGGAAUGGGGUGUGCUGGGUCCGAGAGAUAGUCCUAGUGGGUAGUUGCCUUGCAUGCAGCUAACUGGAGUACAAUCCUCAGCACUACCUAUGGUAUCGGAGUCCUGAGCACUGCCAGAAGUGACCCCUGAGCACAGGCAAGGGAGGCUCAAAAUCCAAAUAAGAAUGAAUAGAACUUGCUAUGUUCAAGGAAUUGUCUGGGGUUGUGCGUGAACUGGUCUCUGCAUAAGCCGAGUCCCAAGGGAGCAUCUGGCAGUCUCAUGCCUGAAGCUUGAGAAGUUUCAAUUGGAAAAGACAGGAAGUGACCAGAGAGGCAAGGAAUCAUGAUGGACCCAGGGUCCAUUAUCUCCAGACUCUAAUGGCAGAGGGAAAGGGAGUGUUGACAUCAAUGCUGAGAUCGGGAGAACUCUGAGAUAGGGCUCACAGAUAAGGAACCACGUCAAGCUUCAAGGGAGGCACACAGCAAGAACAGUUAACAGCAAGACAAAAAAUAAAUGUUUGCCCACUCCAGAUGAAAUCCUGGAGACCAAGAGCCUACAUGAGCAAGGCCCAGGCAUGCGGGUUCCAGAACUAAAUCUCUAAGCCACAUGGUAGAAGCGGAGCUGGCCAGUCCCACCCCAGCUCCACAGCUGCUCUUGAGGCGGGAUGUCACGCCCACAACCCACCCCUGGGCACCAUCUUAGCGCACCAACAGCCUGGCCCAGAAACUCCCAGUUUAAUCCCAAAAUGAUCAGUGUCCUCCAGAGUUGGGUUCUCUGGAACCCAACCAUUUACAAUCUUAGAAUUCCAGAAGCUUGAGGCUGCUUUUGCGGCUGUGCGACCUCUCAUGAUAUGCAAAAUGAGUAAUGGAAAAUAAAUGAUCUAGCAUCUGCCCCUAGCAGGCAGGUUCAAAUGGUGGUGGGAAAUUUCAAGCAAAAUAUAAUGCCCCAAAGUAGAAAGUAUCAGAAAAAUUGUCUGCCAUAGAGGCAGGGUGAGACUUGGAUGCGGGUGGAUAAUGGGGUGGUGGAAAAUGUGCACUGGUGGAGGGAUGGGUGUUCAAUCACUGUAUGGCUGAAUCUCAAACAUGUAAGUUUUGUAACUGUAUCUCACGGUGAUUCAAUAAAAAAUAAAAAGAAAAAUUAAAAAGAAAUAUUAACUAUAUAAGACGAUUCAUGCUUUCUGUGUGAGGUCCUGGGUUUGAGCCCCAACAAAUGACAUUAGGUGUUAUUGAAAAAACAGGCAGGAACAGUUUUUAUGGCUUGAAAAUCCAGCAGGUAUUGCAGGUAUUGCAUGCGACCAGCCUGGGCUCAGUCCUUAGCACCCCAUGUGGUCCUCUGAACCUGCUAGGAGUGAUCCCCAAGUAUAAAACCAGGAACAAGUCCUGAGCACUGAGGGGUGUGGCCCCUGAACAAAACAAAACCCAAAAAAGAAAAAGAUGGAAAAAGAAGGCAGGCAGGUGGAAAAGAAAAGGGAGAGGUGAGGCUUUGUAAAUAAGGUCUUCCCAAGAAGCUGGCAUUUUGGAACUGCUGAGAUUACUCCGUGGUGAAGCACAGGCCC